AUGGUAUUCUACAUCUUGUGUGUGCUGUGGAUGUCAUCUGUCAUAUUUCUGCAAUGCAGGUCUGUGCUCUGUAAGGAGAUGAAGCUCCCCAGCAGGGCAGCUAAGCCCCCCUCUCCAUCUGACUUUCUGGACAAACUGAUGGGACGCACAUCUGGCUAUGACGCUCGCAUCAGACCAAACUUCAAAGGUCCUCCUGUCAACGUCACCUGUAACAUCUUCAUCAACAGCUUUGGAUCCAUUACUGAAACAACUAUGGACUACCGGCUCAAUGUAUUUCUGCGACAGCAGUGGAAUGACCCUCGACUGGCCUAUAAAGAGUAUCCGGAUGACUCUCUGGACCUGGACCCCUCAAUGUUGGACUCCAUUUGGAAACCUGACCUGUUCUUUGCAAAUGAAAAGGGAGCAAACUUUCACGAAGUUACAACAGACAACAAACUGCUUCGUAUAUUCCACAAUGGAAAUGUCCUCUACAGCAUCAGGCUGACCCUUACCCUUUCCUGUCCCAUGGAUCUGAAAAACUUCCCCAUGGACAGCCAGAAGUGUACAAUGCAGCUCGAAAGCUUUGGCUACACCAUGAAUGAUCUAAUUUUUGAAUGGCUGGAUGUGGGAGCAGUGCAGGUGGCUGAUGAUCUGACGCUCCCUCAGUUUGUGCUGAAAGAGGAGAAAGGCCUCGGCUACUGCACCAAGCACUACAACACAGGUAAAUUCACCUGCAUUGAGGUCAAAUUCUACCUGGAGCGUCAAAUGGGUUACUACCUGAUCCAGAUGUACAUCCCGAGCCUGCUCACCGUCAUCCUGUCCUGGGUGUCAUUCUGGAUCAACAUGGAUGCGGCUCCGGCCAGAGUUGGACUGGGGAUCACCACAGUGCUCACCAUGACGACACAGAGCUCUGGGUCCAGGGCCUCCCUGCCUAAGGUGUCCUACGUAAAGGCAAUAGACAUCUGGAUGGCGGUGUGCCUUCUUUUCGUGUUUGCUGCACUACUGGAGUAUGCAGCCGUUAAUUUUGUUUCCCGGCAGCACAAGGAGUUCUUCAGACUCAGGAAGAAGCUGAAGGAGCAACAGCGGCAGAGAACUGAGGAUGAGCUGGCGCAGCAGGGUUUACUGUUCCAGAGUUUUGGACUUGCCCUGUCAGGAGGUGCACCAGAAAUGGAUGCAACACCGGUCUUUGCCGAUCUACCUCCUGGUUUAGGCUUCUACGACAUCCGCAGGCGCUUUGUGGAUCGGGCAAAAAGGAUUGAUACCAUCGCCCGAGCGGUUUUCCCCAUGAGUUUCCUCAUGUUUAAUGUGCUCUACUGGCUCACCUACAAAGUUCUACGACAUGAAGACCUUCUAGCCGCACUGUGA